AUGUCGCAGAUGUGGGACAUGUCGUCAGGUCAGACCAUGCUCAGUGGCAUGGACUUCGAACUCAGUAACGAUAUCGGGGGACCAGGACAGGAGCCAUCACCACCACUGAGCCAUACGAGCCAGCAAAACUUUUUCCAGGAUAACCAAACUUCUCUUAUACCCCCAGCAGACUUCAGCAGAGAUUCGAAUUCCGCUUCUCCAGCUGCUUCAAAUUUCAUCUUCGACCUGUCCAAGGAUGUGGAUUGCAAAUGCUCCACUCAAAUCAGCCAGCUCAUCUAUUCUGUCAGUCUGCGGCGUGCGACAGCAGUUCCACUAGACGUUGUUUUCGCUGUGGAACAACAGCUCAGCCGGACCAAAGAAACAAUCACCGCAUGCGCGAACUGCUCUCUCGGCUCACCAUACAUGAGCAUGAUGCUUUGCACUGCCAUGAGCUGGGUGAUUGAGCAUCUAGAAACUUACAUGCGCGAGGCAACAGUCAACACGCCCAACGGCCAAAUGACGUACCUGACAAUCAGCGGCUUGACGCUGAGUAAAGACAUGUCUCAGUCGUGUUCUGAGGCAUUGGUCAAACUCCGCCUCAGACGAGUUGUGCAAACAGCACGAGAGUUGUCAAUGUUCAACAUGGAGACGAAGAGCACGCUUUUGGGAGGACUGCGGUCGGUGGCGGCCGAGACUGGAGCGGCAGCGCAACAGAUGUUUGCGCAACCACUCAAGCUUCGAUAUGGGCUAUCCAAUGUCUCUCUCAGCAAACAGUCAAUAUACGCCAUUGUCGUAGCCUUCGCCGCCCUCUGGGUCGUGCAGAGCUUCAUCCGAGCAUGGUGGCGCCUCCGGCACAUACCCAGCGCGCACUUCACCGCGCCAUUCUCCUACUUCUGGAUUGGACGCACCACAUACAGUGGCCGUCAAUACUGGAUACUCCGCGACCUACACACCAAACACGGUCCUCUCGUGCGCGUCGGGCCCAACGAAGUCGUUACCGAUGACCCCAACAUCCUGCGCACCAUCUCUGCAGCGCGCAACCAUUACCCUCGCAGCGAUUGGUACGAAGCUGGCCGAUUCAACCCAUAUCAUGGUAACUUGUUCACGACUACCGACCCGGCAGAGCAUAAGAAGGCGAAAAUGAGGUCCAUGGCCGCAUACAACGGGCGCGAAACUCAAGGUCUCGAGGGUUUGAUCGACGACCAGGUCAAGACGCUUAUCAGCGUUGUCCGAAACCGCUAUGUGGUGUCUUCGCCAGGAAAGGGCCAGCCUCUGCUGGAUCUAGCGGCCAUCACGAAAUACUUCACCAUGGACGUCAUCACACGGAUGGGUUUCGGCAAAGCGGUUGGCUACCUCGAGGACGAAAAAGACCACUACGAAUUCUUGGGCACAGUAGACGAGCUUUGGCCGAGGAUGUCGACGGUGGCUGACAUACGUUGGAUCCGCAAGAUUGCAUUCUCGCCUUUCGUGCUCAGAUUGGUCGGACCGAAGAGCAGCGACAAAAAGGGCUUCGGGGCACUGAUGGGUUUCGCAGCUGAUCAGGUCAGCCGUCGCUUUGCUGCACCCGAUGGUGGUAAAAAUCACAAGGACUUUCUGGCGAGUUUGAUGGCUCGCGGCUUCACAGAGGAAGAGUGCCAAUCCGAGGGCCUUUUUCUCCUACUCGCUGGAAGUGAGAGCACCGCUAACGCCAUGCGCUCCAUUCUCAUACACACCAUAAGCUCGCCCGCCGUGUAUAAUCGACUCUCUGCUGAGAUCCGGGACGCGGUACGGACGGAGAAGGUGUCCUUCCCCAUUACCUUGGAGCAGGGAAAGAAGUUGCCGUAUCUGCAGGCGGUCAUCUACGAAGGCCUACGCAUGCGCCCGGCCAUCCUCGGCCUCUUCCCAAAACAAGUACCCGCAGGCGAAUAUCCAAUCUUCCACGGAAAGAUGCUUCCCCCAGGGACCGAUGUAUGCAUGAACAUGUCAGCCCUGCUGCAGUCAACAGAUCUGUUCGGCGCCGACGCGGCCGUGUUCCGACCAGAACGCUUCAUGGAGGUAGGCGACGAGAGACGCAGGCAGAUGGAGCAGGACGUUGACAUGUCGUUUGGCUACGGAGGCUGGGUAUGCGCGGGCAAGAACAUCGCUAUGAUGGACAUGGUGAAGGUGGUCUUCGAGAUGCUUCGCGUGUUCGACUUGCAGCUUGUGCGUCCAUUUGAGCCGUGCGAUACGAUCAGCUAUGGCGUGUUCCUUGACAAGGGGUUGAUGGUGAAGGUGUCAGAGAAGAAGUGA